UUCGCACGGCGAACUCUAGGGAGAUGCUCCAGGUGCCCGGAGUCGGGAGCGUGCUUAGCUCCGUCUGCCCCGCCCGGCCCCCCCAAGGAGCUCGCCGCCAAGUGACGCCCGGCUCCCCCAGCCCAGGCACGGUGGGGUGGGCGGCACAGGAGCCCUGAGCGUUUGGGGCAGGGCUGAGGGAGCCGGCACCUUCCCGCGGCUGGAGCAGGCUUGCAGCACCAGACCCGGCAAUGCCGUUUGGCUGCGUCACCCUGGGAGACAAGAAAGAUUACAACCAGCCAUCCGAGGUGACUGACAGAUAUGACCUGGGACAGGUCAUCAAAACGGAGGAAUUCUGUGAAAUAUUCAGGGCCAAAGAGAAGACGACGGGAAAGCUCUACACAUGCAAGAAGUUCCUGAAGAGAGAUGGUCGGAAGGUGCGGAAGGCGGCCAAGAAUGAGAUCAUCAUCCUGAAAAUGGUGAAGCACCCCAACAUCUUGCAGCUGGUGGACGUAUACGUCACCCGCAAAGAGUACUUCAUCUUCCUUGAACUGGCCACGGGCCGGGAGGUGUUUGACUGGAUCCUGGAUCAGGGUUAUUACUCUGAGCGGGACACCAGCAAUGUCAUCCGACAAGUGCUGGAGGCCGUCGCUUACCUGCAUUCACUCAAGAUUGUGCACAGGAACCUCAAGCUGGAGAACCUGGUGUAUUACAACCGCAUGAAGAACUCCAAGAUUGUGAUCAGUGACUUCCACCUGGCAAAGCUAGAGAACGGCCUCAUCAAGGAGCCCUGUGGCACCCCAGAGUAUCUAGCUCCGGAGGUGGUGGGACGCCAGCGGUAUGGACGGCCUGUGGACUGCUGGGCUAUUGGUGUCAUCAUGUACAUCUUGCUGUCUGGGAACCCACCCUUUUAUGAGGAGGUGGAAGAGGACGACUAUGAGAACCAUGACAAGAAUCUCUUCCGCAAGAUCCUGGCUGGCGACUACGAAUUCGACCCGCCUUAUUGGGAUGACAUCUCCCAGGCAGCUAAGGAGCUGGUGACACGUCUGAUGGAGGUGGACCAGGACCAGAGGAUCACAGCUGAAGAAGCCAUCUCCCAUGAGUGGAUUUCUGGCAAUGCAGCCUCAGAUAAGAACAUCAAAGAUGGCGUCUGCGCUCAGAUCGAGAAGAACUUUGCCAGAGCGAAGUGGAAGAAAGCUGUGCGAGUGACCACACUCAUGAAGCGACUCCGUGCACCCGAGCAGGCUGAGCCAGCAAAGUCAACCCUGCCAGCUGCUGCCAUGCCGGACAGUGCCACCUCGCCAGCCCCCGCCACCACCGCCGCACCUGACAACACCGCCCCGACGGCGGGAUCCUUGGCUACGUGUAAUGGAGAAGAAGCCACUGCCCCCAGUGCUACCCCCGAGGCCUGGACCGAGGAGACCGGCUGAGCAGGAGGGACGGGGUGGGGAAGCACUGGAUCUCUCAUUGUACAUAGUCGCUGGCAUGGUAUCCAAACCUUCCCUGGCUCUCUGUCUGUCCCUGCUGUGUGCCUGUCUGUCUGACUCUGUUUACCCCCAGCUGGGCCGCUGCAGAGAGCUUCUAUUUUCUAUGUUCCUGAGCCUGGAGCAACCCGAUAGGGCCAGGUGGACAGACAGAGGCAGAAGCAGAGCCCCUUGCAUGGAGUUUUCUCUCUCUCCUUUGCUUUUCUUUUCUCUGUCUCCUUUGGUGGCUUUGUUUGGUUUCCUUUCCCCACUGGAGGCUGCUAUUUCAGUCUGCCCACUCACUCACCUGAUCCCCUAUCGCUGGGCCAAGUGAGGGGAAACUGGCACAUCAGGAUCAAACACAGUCACCCGCUGGAGUUCCAGAUCCAAUUGUUUCCAUACUCAGUACGUGUGUGUGCGCAUUUACAUACAGCUGCAUGUAUGUGCUGUGUGUCUAUUGCAGUAUGUGUGUCUCCAGACAUGGGGCGUUUGUGUGGGUGUCCAUAUGAAUUAGUAUGUAUCUGGAUGUCUGUGAUUAUGCAUUGGUGUGUGUGUAUAGGUCUCUGGGUGGGUGGGUAUGUCCAUAUGUGUAUCCAUGGGUGAACAAGUGUGCGUGUAGUGGGUGCAUUCACCUGGGAGUAGGGAGAGAAGCAACCCUGAGGCAUUUAGGGAAGGAUUUGAGCACCAGUCUGGAGAGCAGCAGCUGAGCUGAGCUGGCUGGAGGGAUGGUGUGACAGGGAGGUGUGGGGAGGGCUAGAGAUUCAAAUGGCCUAGGGCAGGAACGCUGCACUUCGAUCCCAGAUAAAGCUUUCCAUGCAAUUGCUGGCACCGGUGAGAUUCCCCUUCCUAUGCCCACAGGUUCCUGUUGGAUCACAGAAGAUUAGAGUUGGAAGAGACCUCAGGAGGUCAUCUAGUCCAGCCCCCUGCCCAAAGCAGGACCAACCCCAACUAAAUCAUCACAGCCAGGGCUUUGUCAAGCUGGGCCUUAAAAAUCUCUAAGGGUAGAGAUUCCACCACCUCCCUAGGUAACCCAGUCCAGUGCUUCGCCACCCUCAUUGGCUUGCUUGGAGCUUUGGGAGAUGUGCAGAGAACAAGUAGCCUGGGUGUCCCUCUUCCCUGCUGUAAAGGUGGCAUCUGGCCCCUUGGACUGCAGACCUGCCUUCCUCCCUGUGAGUGAGGGAAAUGCCUCAGCACCAGCGCUGCCUCACCCUGGCCAGUAGGCACUGGGGAUGUCCUGUACCUCUCUAGUCUGCAUCCACAGCAGGUUCCAGGAGGGCCUGGAUCCACGUAGGGGCGAGACACACCAGCUCUGCACUCCGCUCUACUGCUUUAGAGCCUGAACCCAAGGUAGAUACAGACCAGACUCCACUCACUCACAGUGGCAUCCUCCCAGCAUGACACUUUUGGUCUCACUGCUGCCCUUGCAGGCUCACUGGUGUCACUGACAGCAAUGGCCCUGCUGCCAGGAGCUGUGGGCAUCAGGGAUGCCUGUGGUGGCUCAGUGUGUGGAGGAGCCCAGCAUUUGUGCAUCACAGUCCCUGCUGGAGCAGCCUCGGGAGGAACAAAGGGGCUGCUGGGAACGUCCAAGGGGCUGCAGACCCCUCACAAGAGGUGCCUCUCUAGCUGUCCAGUGGCCAUCACAAAUCCCGCAUGGCUGGGGGCUAGAACUGCAGCACUGCUGAGAGCUGGUCCCCCAGUCCCUGUGUGUGCUGAUCAAAAGGCAUGCGGGAGCCAGGGGUUGGCCUGUCAGAACAAGGGGGAGCAGAGAGGGGUUGGGGGUUGGCUCAUCGCCAAAGCACUGUCCUAUGCCUCUUCCUACAAGAGCUUUGCUGUUGUCCAGGCUGAUUGUGGUGUUUGCAGCUCACGUGUGACAGCAUGCAGCAUGUCUAUGGGAGCAGUAUGGUGUAUGCAUGAGACUUACAUGGCAGAGCUCUGGUCCUAGCUUUGGCCAUGUGAGAUUCAGCCCCUACUGGGUGUGUUUAUGGAGGAUCUGGGGGCGGGAGUGGUGUAUGUACAUAUAUACUCUCACUGUGUGGAUGUGCAUACAUGGUAACCCCCAUGUGCCCUGUUCAGCACUGUGUAGUCUUGUUUCCUCCCAGAGGCUAAACCUGGGGCACAUAGACUCUGUACUGUGGAGGUUGAGGCCUGGGCCAAUCCACUCCAAGUGGGGCUUUCUUGACUGUAGCUCUAGAUGGUGGCCCCUUGCAGAGUUGUGUUCCUUUGCCCCAACCUGAACUGACAGUUUGCAAAACUAGGGCUGGCCUUGGGGAAAAUGGCACCCUGGUCCCUGCUGCCUCCUCUUGCCUCUAACCCAUCCUCCCUGGCCCCUGCUACCUCCCUGGCCCCCACCCAUCCCCCUGAGCCCUGCUGCCUCCCCCAGCCCCCUCCCCCCCAUCACCUCUGGAUCAGCCACUAGCAGUGCACAUUUUACAGCGGGGAUGAGCACUGAUUGGACAGUAAGGUUGUAAAUCAGGAUGGCUUGAUACAAAUGUGGCCUCUGGAACAGAGUGGAUCCAAGGCGAUGAGAUGUUUGGCACAUGGCUUAUUGAGCCCAGGGCCAGCUCCAGCUUUUCUGCUGCCCCAAGUGGCGAAGAAGGAAAAAAAAAAGCUGCGAGCGACGGCAUUUGGCAGCAGCUCUACCGUGCCACUUCAUUCUUCAGCGGCAAUUUGGCUGUGGAUCCUUCGCUCCAAAAGGCAGUGAGGGACCCUCUGUCAAAUUACCGCCGAAGUCCCGGACGUGCCACCCCUUUCAAUUGGCUGCCCCAAGCACCGGCUUUCUCUGCUGGUGCCUGGAGCCGGCCCCAGUUGAGCCACUCUUCUGCUCCCACCACCAAUUGUGCUUCUCCUCCAUUGCCUUGAGCUCCGUUCUGUGGCUUCAAACCUUAGCCCUGCCCCAUUCCUUGCCUCUUACCCACGGCACCCACCCAUAAUGCUGGCCCUGUGCAGAACUGUAGCUGCAGGGGACUUUGGGGCACAUGGUCCGCUCCAGUCUCCAGCCCCAUGUUAGUGCCCAGCCAUGGAGCCAGCCCUGCCCAAGGAGACUUGCUCUGGGCUUGCUUUGUGCUGGGCAGUCUGGGGAUAUGGCAGUGGAAAUGGAUUGGUUUUAGCUGCUGGUAGGCAGAGUCCAGGGUCCUACUCUAGCACAAGAGAAGAUUUUCCUUGUUUCCUGAGUCAUUUCCCAUUGACAAAAAUGUGUUUUACUGCCAAGUGUUCUAGAGCACUCUGCACUUGUGAAGGUUCUAGAUCAUCCUUGAGGAGAGCUCCUGGCAGCUCUAGGGCAUCUUAGGCACCCAACUUGUGAAGGUCUUGUCCUAGAUCACACCACAUGCUUGCCAAUAAGUGGUCUAGAGUGCCACCACCCUGUUUAGGUUCCAGAGUAUCCAACAUGAAACCUCAUAGGGAUUGUAGAGUGCUCCAGAAAUAUUACAUUCUGGUGGAAUGCACAGUCUAGAGCUUGGAUCAGGAUCACUUCCCUCCCCCUCCCCCAGUUUAGGGUGCAGCCUGAUCUAGUGCUCUAGUGAAUGAGCUAUUGGAUGCCGGUUUGAUGCCCCUCCACCAUGUGAUCACAACUGUGGGAGCCUGAACAACCCCUCCCCAUGCUCUAGCUCAAGGCCUAGAAAUAGACUUUUGGAGGCAUUUGCCUGCCUGUUCCUAGGUGCAGGGUGCUUGCAGCACUAACUAUCAGUUCUUCAGAGGGUAGGGGUGAGCAGUCCAGAUGAGAAGCCUGUGAGCUCUGCUCACUUGACCAGAGCCCCUCAACUAGUCCCCAGGGUCAGGCCUGGCCCAUCAGCCCCCUGUGCCCCCUUCCCCUGGCCCCAAACUAAACACAGGAAGGAAGACCGAGUCCCGCUGUGAAGGGUCUGGGGGGCUGACCUGCCAUCAAUGGGGCCUUCUCCACAGCUGCCUGCCCCAGGGCCCUCCCAGCCUGCAGCUUUCUGGGCUACGGUCCCACCACUCUGGCUUUACUUUUCACUUCUCCUUGAUUCACAGCUGCAUGUUUGUAGGGUUGAGUUCCAUCUAUGAAACUUUUAUUUCCACCACGACCACCCGGAAGCUCCUGUGUGAUCGCUGCACUGUACUACUGGCAAAUAAAGACCUUCUGAGGACAAACCGAGAAAGCACCAGCCACA